AUGGUGUCUACUGAUGUUGGAGAACCUCUGUCCAAGCAAGAGGCAAGGACAAAGGCAUCUUCUAGAAGCAGCGAGCUUAUCGAUAGUCAAGACGAUGACGAAGAGAUGGGAUCAUGUUUCACAAUGGAGUCCUUCUUUGAUUCAUCAAUGGUGUCUGGGUGCGCCAUAGAAGAAACCAUUGCUAUUGAGGAAGAAGGUGCUCGGCAUGAUUAUGAAAUUGCACUGAAGGAUGAUUCAUAUCCCGAGGAGAAUGCCGCCUCGCAUGAGGAAUCCAUCAAAUCGAAAUCAGAAAACAGGAACCGGCAUAACAAUAGACGACGAUACGUCAAUCGCAGUCGCCUACAAAAAACAGCUCGACCAAUAAGGGAUGCUGGUGAAGAUAUGGAUGAUACCAUUCAUACGUGUCAUGACUCUGGAAUGAUUACAGAAGGAGAUAUAUCUUUCAUCAUAGUGGAAGAAUCUGAUGAAGAAUAUGAAGAGAGAACUGUAGAAGACUUCUUUGGAAGUUCGGGUGACUUUACGGAGUUGGAGAUGACAGAAACGGAAGCGGAUAUACCAGAAGACGAUGAUAUUCAGGAUGAUGCGCAGUCCGCAGGAGAGUUUUCACUGAAACUUCCAACGUUCAGUGGCCAUGGCUAUGGUAAUUAUGAUUCAGUGUCGACCAUUUCAUUUGCCUUCGAUGAUCUGGGUCGAAGUUUUAGUUCAGAGUUGACAGAUUACGAUCCAAUUGUCUUUGUGACGGGCGGUGCUUCUGCUAUCUCUCGGCAAUCGGCAUCUACGGCCCAGACUCCAACAUCGUCGUCGAUGAUGACAGAGAUGCAGUCAACGAAACCACUCUCUUUCACAUUGCGAACACAAGGCACCAUGGCUUCUUCAAUCAUCUCCACUGUUCCAACUGCUGUUGCUGCCAAUGGCGCUAUGGCUCCGAGCGGAAUCACUACCAAAGAAUUGGAUAGAAGCAACGCAAUCAUAUCCAACGUAACCAGAAAUAUCAAUAGCAACCGCAAGAAGGGGGGCAAACACAUGCCACUCUCUCGAAACUUUCUGCAGCCUUUGAGUGUCGUUGAAGGAGAUUCCAGAAGCCGAAGUAGAUCAUUGGGCCCAAUCAAUCAAAGGCGACGAUCACGGGAACGACGUGGAGGGGACAAGAAGAGUGUCCCGAUCCGACGAAAGAGUUUGGACGACGAGGACUUUGAUCCAUCUGAAAAUGAUACCUUUGAUGAGAAGCAAACAGAUCAAACAGGCCAGAUUUCCAGCUCGCUCCACAAUUUGAAAAUAGGAGGACCGAUGCGACGAGUUUUGCGAACGAAGAGUAGUUCCAAACGAAUCAUAAGGAAUCAUUCCGGCCAGGUGCAGAAGGUGGAACUGCUGCAAGUCCUGGGAGAGUCAGAUCGCAGUAUCAUCUCCCAUGGUUGGUCUCAGAGUAGCAGCAGUUCACCUCGACUCGGCCGUCUUCAAAAAGUUCAGUUGCUGGGUGGAUCUGAUCAGAGUAUCAUUUCUCAAGGUUUCUUGUCGCAAAGUAGCAGCUCUGAUAGACUCACUAAAAGCAACAGUUCCGGUAGAUUAUCGCGAAGCAGCAAUGGCUGUGAGCCGUCUCGGAGCAACAGUUCCGGUCGAUUGUCUCGAGGGAAUAGUGGCAGUCGUCUCGGUUCUAACCCUAAUGACACCGGUACUGCACGAAGAAUGCUUUCCGAUGCUGGCAGUGGCAAGGUUCUCAGAGAAGACUCCAAUCCUAUGGCAUCCGGAAGUUAUGGUGGUCGUGUACAUGUAGUCCCCAUUUCCGUGGGUUCUAGCAACCGUAGAAUACUGGCACGAGUCAACAGUGCCAAGAAGCUAGUUUUGGAUGAUCAGCGAAGAACUGGGUCUCAUUCUCGAACGGGUAUCUUCAAGAUUGAAGAAAUCAAAGAUUCGCGUUCUGCAAAAAGCACACAGUAA